UAGAUCACACGUGUUUACAACAUGGCGGCCUGACUCCUCGCUGUCCCUUUUCGAAAUAACAUGAGCUCUUGAAACUAGAUUUUAUUCGCGUCGUUUGUAAAAGAAGGCUGGUUUUUAAACCCUGACAUGGCGCAGAGGAAAAAGAAGCUGACUAAAAGGAAGAAACACGCAGCUGGCAGAGAGCCCAACGUGGACUCUGACGGCGGAGACUUCGAACUGGAUGUCCAAAUCAAAGACGAUGAUUCCCCCAGGGGCAAGCUGUUGCGCUUCCCCACUGCUUCGGACUGCCUGUCGGAUGUGGAGCCGGACACCAGGCAGCUGGUCCGAGCACAGAACAAGAAGAAGAAGAAAUCCGGAGGAUUUCAGUCCAUGGGACUCUGUUACUCAGUCUACAAGGGCGUCAUGAAGAAGGGCUAUAAAGUCCCGACGCCGAUCCAAAGAAAAACUAUCCCAAUCAUUUUGGACGGCAAGGAUGUCGUGGCCAUGGCUCGCACGGGCAGCGGCAAGACGGCCGCCUUCCUGGUGCCCAUGUUCGAGAAGCUGAAAGCGCCGCAAGCCCAGACCGGUGCCAGGGCCCUCAUCCUGACCCCCACCAGAGAGCUGGCCCUGCAGACCAUGAAGUUCACAAAAGAAUUGGGGAUGUUCACUAAACUGAAGAUGACUCUGAUCCUCGGUGGAGACAGUUUGGAAGACCAGUUUGCUGCGCUUCAUGAAAACCCUGACAUAAUCAUCGGUACCCCUGGCCGACUCAUGCACAUCAUUCAGGAAAUGAACCUGAAGUUGAAGAACGUGGAGUACGUGGUGUUCGACGAGGCCGACAGGUUGUUUGAGAUGGGCUUUGCCGAGCAGCUCCAGGAGAUCAUCAGGAGGCUUCCUGACACAAGACAGACUUUGCUGUUCUCUGCCACGCUGCCCAAACUGCUGGUGGAGUUUGCCAGAGCUGGGCUGACAGAACCAGUACUGAUUCGUUUGAAUGUGGACUCUAAGCUCAGUGACCAGAUCAAACUGUCGUUCUUCCACCUACGAGUGGACGACAAGCCGGCGCUGCUCCUCCACCUCCUGAGGAACGUGGUCAAGCCUCAGGAGCAGACGGUGGUCUUCGCUGCCACCAAACAUCACGUGGAGUACAUCAAGGAGCUGUUGUCGUCAGAAGGGGUGGAGUGCGCCUACAUCUACAGCGCCCUGGAUCAGACGGCGAGGAAGAUCAACAUUGGGAAGUUUGUGCACCGCAAAGCCAUGGUGCUCAUUGUGACGGACGUGGCCGCUCGUGGUAUAGACAUCCCGCUGCUGGACAAUGUCAUCAACUACAACUUUCCCUCCAAGUCAAAGCUCUUCUUGCACAGAGUUGGUCGUGUGGGCCGAGCGGGGCGCAGCGGCACGGCCUAUAGCAUGAUAUGUCCGGAUGAGGUUCCUUUCACCUUUGACCUUCACCUUUUCCUGGGAAGACCCGUGCAGUUGGCCACGCCAGAACACACGCCAGAUACAGACGGUGUGUUCGGUCGCGUGCCUCAGAGCGUCCUGGACGACGAAGCCGCCAAUCUGAUCACGGCGCACGACAACUCCCUGGACCUGCAGAACCUGCACCGCAUCUCGGAAAACGCCUACAAGCAGUACCUCAAGUCUCGGCCCAGCCCCUCGGCCGAGUCCAUCAGACGAGUGAAGAACAUGGACCUGUCCUGCAUGGCCGUCCAUCCUUUGCUGGGGUCCGGUUUGGAGAAAACUGAACUGGAACGCCUUCAGCUAGUUGAUGCCAUCAAGGGCUACAAAUCAAAAUCGACGAUCUUUGAAGUCAACUCCAGCAGCAAGACAUCCGCCAGCGAGGUGAUGCGGGCCAAGCGCUCCAAGGACUCACGGCGGGUGGACAAAUACAGCAACGACAGAGAAAUUCGGGCCGCCGAGAGACACCUUCAUAAGCCCGUCAGCAUCCCAGCCGGCAAAGACGCUGUCAGUGAGGAUGACGACGCACUACAGGAGGUCUUCUCAGAGGUGGUUGGUGGGAAAAGGAAGGGUCAUCAGGACGGAGGAGAAGAGCGUCCAAAGAACAAGCGAGGCAAAUGCGAGGCGGCCAAAGAUGAAGAGUACUACAUCCCCUACAGACCCAAAGACUUCAACUCGGAGAGAGGGUUAAGUUUGGGCGGUGAGGGCAGCACCUUUGAAACGCAAGCGUCCUCCGCCGUCCUCGACCUCAUGGGAGACGAAGGGGAACAACUCAACCAGCACAAGAGAAUUAUGAAAUGGGACCGAAAGAGGAAGCGAUUCGUAACAGAAAUGGGGAGAGAGGACCAGAAGAAGAGGAUUAAACUCGAUGGCGGUCAAACCAUCCACAAGAAGAAGAACAAGAAGAACUUUUACGAGGAGUGGAAGAAGAAGUACAAGAUUGAGGACGCAGUGGUGGGUUCAGAUGGAGAAGAAGGUGGAGGAGGAGGAGGAGGAGGAGGAGGAGGAGCGAGGAAGCCAGGAAGAGGCCGCGGUCGUGGCCGUCCUCAAGGCCAGAGUUCGGCGGGUCCUCAGUUCAUGGCGAACGGGACCAGGGUGCGCUCCGAGCUCAAGACCAGCCAGCAGAUCCUGAAGCAGCGCAAGAAGCAACAGAAGCACCGCUUCCUGCAGAGCGGAGGCCACAAGAAAAUACGCGCCAAGAACAAGAAAUGGCUGGGAGAGGUGAAGAAGUCCGGCUUCGGUCGAGGCAGCCAAAAGAAGGGCAAGAUGAAGAAGAGGUUGUGAGAAUGAGCAAUGAGAUAUUUUAGUUAAGGAUUUAAGGUGGAGAUGCUCAUUGGGAUUCUCCAUCAUCACUAUGUGAACUCUCUGAAUGGGAAUGUUUGAGAGUGAUUUGUUUUAGAGACGCUUUUGAUUCUCUACUGUGUAUGUAACAUAAAUAAUUCAUAUAAAUACAGACAAAAACAGGGCAACUUU